AUGGCUUCUGAGAAGAGGCAGCCGCAGGACCUUGAGUCCAAGCCCAAUGACAACUUCGUGGAAGUGUCGGGAGAGGAUGAGAAGGGAGGCGUGCUUCAGUCUGGCGCAGAUUACUCUGGUGCGGUCAAGAAGACUAGCCCUGAGGAAAUCGCACUUGUCCGCAAGCUUGACUGGCGGAUUAUGCCAACACUUUGGUGCAUGUAUUUUCUCAACUACCUUGACCGAAACGCCAUCGCCCAAGCUCGACUUGACGGUCUCGAAAAGGACCUCAACCUCGAAGGCUCUCAAUACAAUACAUGCAUUUCAAUCCUCUUCGUUGGGUACCUCUUGAUGCAAGUCCCUUCAAACAUGCUCAUGUCGUCUGAUCGCAUUCGUCCAUCGAUUUACAUGGCUGUUUGCAUGAUGGCCUGGGCUAUAGUCUCUGCUUGCACUGCUCUGGCAAAGGAUUACACAGGCCUUGUCAUUGUUCGCUUCUUCCUGGGUGUUACCGAGGCUCCGUUCUAUCCGGGAGCCAUUUACAUGCUGUCCAUUUUUUACACCCGCAAGGAGAUCGCCACGCGUAUUUCAAUUCUCUACUCGGGGAACAUCUUCGCCACCUCUUUCUCUGGUCUCAUCGCUGCAGCUGUCUUCAACACUGUUGAUGGAAAUCACGGCCUGAAGGGUUGGCAAUGGCUCUUCAUUAUCGAAGGCUGCCUGACUUUCGGCAUCGCCAUUAUCGGCAUGUUCACCCUGGCUGACAGUCCUCUAACCACCCGCUGGCUGAAACCCGAGGAGCGCCAGCUCGCACACGAUCGUAUGGUUCGGGACACCGUCGGCCUCGAAGAAAGCAAGGGCGCCAGAGCUGGAUUCAAGCAGGCGAUUCGCGAUCCGCGUCUCUGGUUGUUGUGCUUUAUCCAAAACAUGCAUCUCUCGGCUUGCUCUUUCAACAACUUCUUUCCCACUGUGGUCGGCUCUUUGGGCUUCAACCCCACGAUCACACUUGUACUCACAUGCCCUCCUUAUCUUGUCUCUGGAUUCUUCGGCUACGCCGCAGGACUGACCUCCGGCAAGUACAACGAGAGGACCUGGCAUAUCACCGUGUGCAUGAGUAUGGCUAUCGUGGGUUUCGUGAUCUCUUGCGCAACGCUGAACACCGCUGCGCGCUACGUCUCUUGCUUCCUUUUCGCAUCAGGCGCAUACGCUGUCAACUCUCCCAUUCUGGGCUGGGUAUCCGCGACCCUGGGUUCCACACCCGAAAAGAAGGCCGUCAGCUUGUCGAUCGUGAAUGUCAUCGCCAACGCAUCAUAUGUGUACACUGCGUACCUUUACCCGAAGAGCGAUGGUCCCCGCUAUUUGACUGCCAUGGCUAGCAAUGCCGCAUUUGCAUUCGCAUGCAUUGUUGGCACAUGGGCUCUGCGAAUCUGGCUAAUUCAGACAAACAAGAAGAUGGACUCCGGCGCUCCCAAGUACGCGUACUAA